CCAACUGGUCCAUUCAAUAUCGGUGAGAAUAAAGCGAGCGGGAGUAACGUUGGUCUUGUUCGAGCAUUCGAUGCAGACACAGGAGAAAAUACAGAUAUCACUUUUACAAUUACCGGUGAGUAAUCGGCCUAAUUUUUGCCAGAGACAGAUUCAUGGUCUCCCAGUGUAAGAACAAUCCAGAUGAACUAGCUUAGAUCAGUGGCGAGGCUAGCCAUGGCAACUGGUCAUGCUAUGCUGAUAAACCUACAUCUAAAUAGGUUAAAGACGAUACAUUUCUAAAUGUUUGAAUAAUCAGGGCCGUAGCAACUGGGGGUGGGGGGCUGUAGCCCACCCCCCUCCCCCCCAAUAAUUUGCUAAUAAUCAUUCUUUUCUGGUUUAAAUAAUAUACCUUUAAAAUACUGACAAUUGAUUAAUUUUAAGCAGCUACAUUAUCCAUGACAAACUGCAAAAAAUGAAGAUAUUACCCAUACUUUCCUGCAACUUAUCCAAUAUGUAGUUAAUUAAAUACGCCUUCGCCCAUUUCGUACUACCAAAUUGUAAGCAAAUUGUAAAUUUCGACAUACAAAAACGCUAAAUUGUAAAUUUCGGCAUACUAAAACCCUGUUUUCUGACCAACAGAAUUUUGUCAAAUCUUCCCCCAAAGUCCAGGAAAUGGCAUUUCAGAGAAUCUAAAUUUAAAAAUUUCUUCGGCCCUCGCUUUCAGCCCCCCUCCCCCCAAUCAAGAAGAGCUUCCUACGGCCCUGAUAAUGCAAAUCAUUAAAAAUGUGCAUAAUAUGACCUGUUGCUAUCAUGGCUGACUUCGCCAGUGGCUAGAGUAGUGUGAUGUAUACUCGCAAUAGUUGCCAUAUUUAAUAGAUGGAGUAUCCCUCAGUUGAAUUUAACUUUCUUUACUUUUUUAAGAUGGAGAUCCUAAUGGACACUUCGCUAUUGGUUCAUUAUCUGGAAUUAUAUCUACUACACAAAGUUUGGUGAGUUUACUACCUAAAGUUAGUUUACCUUGUAUAUUGAGACAAGGUAAACUAACUUAUUUAUACUUGAUAGCUCUAUCAGUUCUAAACCGUUCUCUCCAGAGGUCUAGUAAGAAUAAUCUGUUAUUGAUCCAGUGUUAUUACAGGAGGAAAACCUAAACGAAACUAACUUUAUUUAUACUGGAAAGUUCUAUCAGUUCUAAACUGUUCUCCCUAGAGUUCCAGUAAGGGUCAUCUCUUAUUGAUCCAGUGUUACUACAGAAGGAAAGCGAGAGUCUGACUUUAUUCUAAACUUAAAUGUUUUUAUCUCACUCUAGGAUCGAGAAAUGAUAUCAUUUUAUGACGUCAUCGUAACAGCCAGCAACUCUCAGACAACCCCAAUACUCUCAACCAACGUCACUGUUCGUAUUAACGUCGACGACGAGAACGACAACCCCCCGGAAUUUAAUGCUAGUUCCUAUCAAGGACGGGUGUCUGAGAACGCUACAGUUGGAACGGUUGUUGCUAGAGUAUUCGCUAAGGAUCGAGAUAAGGUACCUGUGUUUUCAGGCUCGGUCUUUUCAGCCUUGGUGUUUUAAGAUAAGAUAAGAUAAGAUGGUUUAAUGAACUCUUUGCAGUUAGAGACAACUGAAUAGACAACUUGCAUGUUCGACUAAUUUUUUAUUUAGGCAAAAAAAAGUAAAUUCCCGUAAAGAACUUAUUAAAAUACGUAAAAUUGCAAAAUUUGGUUACGAAAUGUUGUAAAAUACAGAAAAUAUAGCCUUGCGAAGUUUGCAUAUUUUCAGUAUGUUUGUAUUACGUGCGGAAAUUGUUACCAUUUUUGAGCCGAAAAUGGUAACAAUUUCCACACGUAAUACAAAUAUACUGAAAAUAUGUAAACUUCGCAAGGCUAUAUUUUCUGUAUUUUACAACAUUUCGCAACCAAAUUUUGCAAUUUUACUAAUUUCAUUAUUUUCUUUUUAACUGUUGUGUUUUAUUCCCUUCUCUUUACUUAGAUUAAAAUUUAGUCUAACAUGCAAGUUGUCCAUUACUGAGUUAUUUAUAUAGUAUUAUAAUAAAUUUACAUUAAAGUUGAUAACUAUAAAAAUAUUUAAAGGUAAAAAGGUUUUCGAUUCUUUUAGUUUUACAAAACUUGCAGUUACAAACAGCUAAAUUACUGAGUUAUUUACAUAGGCCUAUUAUGGUAAAUCUACGUUAAGGUUUAUAACUAGAAAUAUUUAAAGGUAAAAAAGUCUUCAGUUCUUUUAGUUUUACAAAACUUCUUGUCUCUAUAUAAAACAACGUCCCGCAUUUCGUCUUAAAAAAUGUUCGUGAUCAGACUCGGCGCCUUCAGGCUUGAUGUUUUCGGGUUGUAUGAUGGUAGCCUGAGUCGCCCUAGUAAAAGUUCCAUCCGGUCAACUGCAAGUAAUGUUUUCUCACUUAUAUUUUCAGGACGAAGCUGCAGUUAUAAGAUAUAGCAUUGUGAGCGGUGAACAUUCCGGUAGAGUUGAAAUUGAUAGCCGUACGGGGAUCUUGACCCUCAGCCAAUCAUUGCUCGAGAAUGAAUACCGGAAUUUGGCCCUUAUGGUGAACGCCACUGAUAACGGAGAUCCUCCAAUGUCCUCUGUUGUCCCUGUUGUGAUCUUAGUUGAUGACAUCAAUGAUAAUCCGCCGAGAUUUGACAAAAGACAGUACAGGUAAAAUAUGGUAAUAGUGUAUAGUAACACUGGAUCAAUAAGAGUUGAUUCUUACUGUAUGAACCUCUAGGAAGAACAGUUUAGAACUGAUAGAGCUACCAGUAUAAAUAAAGUUAGUUUAGUUUUAGGUUUCCUCCUGUAGUAACACUGGAUCAAUAAGAGAUGAUUCUUACUGGACCUCGAGGAAGAACAGUUUAGAACUGAUAGAGCUAUCCAGUACCAAUAAAGUUAGUUUAGGUUUCCUCCUGUAGUAACACUGGAUCAAUAAGAGAAGAUCCUUACUGGACCUCUAGGAAGAACAGUUUAGAACUGAUAGAGCUAUCCAGUAUAAGUAAAGUUAGUUUAGUUAGGUUUCCUCCUGUAGUUACACUGGAUCAAUAAGAGAUGAUCCUUACUGGACCUCUAGGAAUAACAGUUUAGAACUAACGUUAACAGAGCUAUUUGGUAUAAAUAAAGUCGAGAAUAAAGUCCUUACGUGUUAUAAACUUUUCCGCAGUGCAAGUGUUGGUGAGAUGGCUAAAGUUGGGGAUUCAGUUGUUCAAAUGAUUGCAGUGGAUGCAGACUCGGAGAGUAGUGGAGCAACUACUUAUGAACUUGUAUCUGGUCACGGAUUAAGUAAGUACCAUUGCAUUGGUGGUUUUCAUGGCAGCAGAUGGUGGUCAAUAUCAGAAAUAUUGGCACACUGAUAGGACAAGGAAAAUUAAACUGCAUCCCUCAUUUGCAUUUAUUUUCUUUUAAAUACAGAACUACUACAAAUAAUAGAGAAUUUAAAUUUGACAUCCACUACCACUACAUCUCACUAGUUUAUUAAAGUUUUGAUUGGUUAAUCGUGUAGAUUAAACGCAUGUGAUUUGUUAUUUUCUCACUCUAUAGCCUAUCGAAGGGAAGAUGGCUGUGAAACUUAUUAGAAUAACAAUACAACUCAUUAUCUAUGUUAGUCAACGUUUAUUCAUCAAUCUGGUCGUUUCACCGUCACGUGUGUAUUGUAUUCAGUUUUCCAAAUCCACCAAUAGCAAUUUCCAGUUUCCCUAUUGUUCGAGUCACGGAUAGGCGACUUUCUUAAAACAUUGCUAUUGGUUAGUUGCGCAAGAAUACAAUACACACGUGACGGUGAAGGACCAGAUUUAUGAAUAAACGUUGACCAACAUAGAUAAUGAGUUAUAUUGUUAUUCUGAUGAGUUUCACAGCCAUCUUCCCUUCGAAAAGCUAUCCUGACUCUAAUAGCUGUUGUUCUCCUACAAUUACAGAUGACUUCAGGAUUGCAUCCGAUACUGGAUGGAUCAGUGUAAACAAAUCUCUGGAUCGAGAAACUGUGGCUGAAUAUCGUCUCAAUGUUCGGGCGUCUAACCUUGUUCAACACAAACGGCGAAAACGGCGUCGUCGCCGCGAGGGUAGGUCUGAGUCGUUGCUAAGAUGAAAUUCAACAUUUAUAUUCUAUUUAAAACACGAGCAAAAGUGCUUUACAACAGCCGAGUGUUUUAUAUCUUAUAAAGCAGGGACUGCGAGUGUUUGAAAUGGCUUAAAAAACGACCCAUCUGAGGAGUUUAUUGGCGAAGUAAUUUUAAAAAUCAAUGUUGUCAAAGCCGAGAAAAUCAAAGCUAAAGUUUAUGUAAAUUAACGUGAUUUUUUAUCACAUUUAAAAGCGCCGACACGGUGGUGAUUGCCUUUGUCUUUUCCUCAUAACAAUAACCAACUAUUUUCACUUUCAUUUCAGCGAUAUUUUCUGACACAGUUGAAUUGGUCAUCAACAUCGAUGACGCUAACGACAAUAUUCCUAUUUUUUCACCACUUUCCUAUGUUGGAGGUAGGUAAACCUUUGUCAAUCAUAAAUAAUCUCUCAGCAGAAAUUGGUUUAACCGUAAGCUUUUCUAGCGGCUGUUGGCCAUUUGCAUUAUAGAGUAAAUUUUGAUCUAAACAAGUCUAGACAUAAAUUUCAUCACAGCUUGAAAGAGCAUCACAAAAUUAGUAAUAUUCCAAAGUUUCGUUGCGAAAUGUUGUAAAAUGCGGAUAAUAUAGCCUUGCGAAGUUUGCCGUUUUUCAGUCAUUUUCUAUUACAAACGGGAAAUUGACAGCCCCAAAGGGUAUUGGGUUGUCAAUUUCCCCCGCGUAAUGCAAAAUGACUGAAAAAAGGCAAACUUCGCAAGGCUAUAUUAUCCACAUUUUACAACAUUUCGCAACGAAACUUUGGAAUAUUACUAAUUUUGUGAUGAUCUUUAAAGCUGUGAUGAAACUUUUGUCUAGACUUGUUUAGGUCAAAAUUUAGUCUAUAAUGCAAAUGCCAUACUUUAUAUCAUUUUGUGUAGGAGUGAUACCAGGAGCAGAUGUUGGAACAUUAAUUGUCAGUGUGAUUGUAAGUCCACUUCUUCACUUUGUACUGGAUAGCUAUUUCAACUGUUCUCCCUAGGCUUAAAUAUCCAGUGUUACUGCAGGAGGAAACCUGAGUACCCAGAGAAAAGCUGCUUUGUUUGGUAGAGUCAAACUGGAAGCACUCUUCUCACAUGUGACUGAAGUGAAAUUAUAAUCAGACAACAGAUAUCGCAGGAAUUAAACCUCAGUCACAAGUCACAGAGAAGAAAGACGCUUGUGACGACCACUGUAUCACUCGUUAAAACUGUUCACUAUUACCAUCGAUUCUCAUGAAUCAAUAAUGAAUCUUUACAAUUCCUUGUUGUACAGGCGACGGAUGCAGACGAUGGUAUAAACAGUCAACUUGCCUAUAAUAUUACUGGCGAUAAGAAAAAUCGGUUCCACGUGAAUGCUAUUGGAGGUGUGGUCUCAACAGACGUUGCAGUGGGUAGUGCAGGAACUAUGUAUAAUCUGAAUAUCACUGCCACAGAUAACAUCGGCCUGGGUUCGACCUCACCCCAGCCGGCAAGUGUCAAGGUAAUGGUCAGAAAAUGUGAAUCGUCAUGAUUUGGAUAUGACGUAGCUAUCUCUACGAGAGUAUCAUUGAAACGUUGGAUCGUGACUGUAAUUUGUUCAGGGAUUACAUUCAUUUACUUAAACCAGAGUAAAGAAACAUGUCUGAUAUUAUACCUGUUUGCAUGAAGACACUAGACUGGAGUGUUGAAACGUUGGACCGUGAAUGUAAUUUGUUCAGGGAUUACAUUCAUUUACUUAAACCAGAGUAGCGAAACAGGCCUGAUAUUGUACCUGGUUGCAUGAAGACACUAGACUGGAGUGUUGAAACGUUGAUUCGUGACUGUAAUUUAAUUGUUCAUGGAUUACAUGAAUUUACUUAAUUUAAUGACACUACAUUGAAGAGUUGAAACGUCCAUGGGUCGUGAAUGUAAAUUCAUUUACUUAAACCAUGCAGAAUAUCUAAAUAUAUCUCAUAUUAUACCUGGCGAUUCUCUCUCUUCUCUAGAUUUACGUUCUUUCUCGUGAUGAACAAGCUAUCUUAUUGGCUCUUGUCCACCCUGAUAUGAUCAAAAAUAAUACCAAAGAAUUUAUAGAGUAAGUACAUGAAUAGCGGGGAAAAUGAAACCGGAAAGAAAGCUUAGAAUUCCCCCAGAUGAUGGACUAAUUUAAUUUCUCUUUUUUUUUCAGUAUGCUGAACAAUAUCACAGGAGGUCAGGCGUAUAUCGAUAAAAUAAACAAGGUUUCUGAACGAAAUGGUAGUGGUGUUAUCGUAGUGGGAUCUGAAGUCAUAUUUCAUGUUGUGAGAAAUUACACCAUCCUGACCAGCGAUGAAAUAAUAAGGUUACUGUUUCAUAUAGUUGUUGACAAAGCUAUCAAAAUAAAGUUAGUUUAGUUACACUGGAUCUAUCAGAGAUGAUCCUUACUGGACCCCUAGGAAGAACAGUUUAACAGUAGAGCUAUCCAGUAUAAAUAAAGUUACUUUAGUUCAGGUUUCCUUCUGUAGUAACACUGAAUCAAUAAGAGAUGAUCCUUACUGGACCUCUAGGGAGAACAGUUUAGAACUGAUAGAGCUAUCCAGUAUAAAUAAAGUUAGUUUAGUUUAGGUUUUCUCCUGUAGUAACACUGGAUCAAUAAGGAAUGUCCUUACUGGACCUCUAGGGAGAACAGUUCAGAACUGAUAGAGUUAUCCAGUAUAAAUAAAAUUAGUUUAGUUUAGGUUUCCUCCUGUAGUAACACUGGAUCGAUAAGAGAUGAUCCUUACUGGACCUCUAGGAAGAACAGUUUAGAACUGAUAGAGCUAUCCAGUAUAAACAAAGUUGAAUUGAUCUGCUCAUUACUCAAUCUUUAAUCACUAGCACUGUAGAACUCCAUCGUCAUUUGCUGGACACACUCUACGCGAAAUGGCACGUUCAGAAAGUCAGCAAGAUACGGCACGCUCGUGGCGAUGACGAUGAUGAUCUUAAAGACUGGGAAAUAGUGUUGAUCGUUCUCGGAGUGCUACUGGCACUCACUCUCCUCUUCUGUUGUUGCUACUGUCUCUGUUGUGGGUACAAGAUUUUAAAAUUUUGAUUUAUUUGAAUUAAGAAGACAUUGUUUGAUCUUCAACCGAUCAAAGUGGGGUUUGGGUGGUACAGGUGUCAGAGCUGGUGCCUUUAAUCUCUGAAAUCAUGAGUUCGACUCUCUUUCCGGACUCAAGACAUUGUGAAAAGAGUCAGUCAACGCUCUGCCGAAAGUCGUGGGUUUUCUCCGGGAACUCCGGUUUCCUCUCACAGAGAAUGCGCACAGGAUGGGUUUAAGUCAUGAUCAAAUCAAUACUUUUUUAAUCGAUGAACUUCAUAAUUUUUAGUCUAUUGUUUUGUUGAAUAUUGAGUGAAUCAUUCUUUUAUUUAUAAAAUAAAUGGAUUAGUUAGGCAACUGAUUUGUUGAUGUAUUGAUUGCGCUAUCGGUCGCCCAUCGAUCCACCAGGAGAUCGAUGUAUUGAUCGACUAUUGAUUUAUUGAUCAUCUUUCUCCUAGAUGGAAACGUCAGUUCAGCGACGAUGCAGGAGAGAGUCAGAGGAGAACAUUCUUCACCAAUUCCCCAGUGUACGUCUUAAAAAUGUAAUUCAAUAAUUAUCAUUUUAUCUGCAGGAAAAAGUCUUACAGAUCUAGCCUGCUCUCAGGCUCUCAAGGUGGAGCCUGAGAGCCUGCUCGCAGGCUAUUACAGAUCCAUUCCUUCCGGUUCAAACGACUACAGUACUGCAAACUUCACAAAUGUCGACACUUAUAGGAUCAAGAGCAUCAUACAACCAAACAUCUCUCGUUUCUGUUUAUUCUCUUCCAAAUUAAUUAAAUUAAUUAAUGUAAUAAUGUUCGACAACUACUAAAUUAUUAUAAAAAUGUAGUGCCAGGAUACUCGCCACACUCUCCCCAAUACACCUUUCCCCUUUUGAGUGAAAUUUUUUUCAAGACAGGUCUAGACAAAAAUUUCAUCACAGCUUGAAAGAGCAUCACAAAAUUAGUAAUAUUCCGAAGUUUCGUUGCGAAAUGUUGUAAAAUGCGGAUAAUAUAGCCCUGCGAAGUUUGCCGUUUUUCAGUCAUUUUGUAUUACAAACGGGAAAUUGAUAAUCAGACGAUCAAACUGUGACGAAAUUUUUAUCCAGGCAUAUCUAGAUCAAAAUUUCAUUCAUAAGGGGAAAGGUCUAUUACGGCAAGUCCUUAAUAAUUACAUCUAAAUCACGUUAGUAUUAGACAAGACUGUUACAUAUAAUGGAAAGAAUGAACAUUAUUUUCUCAUUCUGAUAACUACAGCCUGGUGAAACCCUGACAUUACCUUAUUGAUUUUUAGGACUCGUCAAAAUGUAGACUCGACUUCAAGUGAUUCAAUCCAAUUCUACAGUUCCCAUCCCAAUAAUGAUCCUUUUAAACCGCCAGGGUAAGCAAUUUUAUAAAAAAUGUUUUUUGUCUGUAGGGUGUAGGUGGUGAGUCCAGGUUCGAUUCUUCAUGUGAGAAGAGUGCUCCCAGUUUGACUCUACCAAACACAGCAGGUUCUCUCCGGGAACUCCGGUUUCCUCCUGUAGUAACACUGGAACAAUGCGAGAUUGUCCUUACUGGACCUCCAGAGAGAACAGUUUAGAACUGAUAGAGUUAUCCAGUUUAGUUUAGGUUUCCUCUUGUAGUAACACUGGAACAAUAAGAGAUGAUCCUUACUGGACCUCUAGGAAGAACAGUUUAGAACUGAUAGAGUUAUCCAGUUUAGUUUAGGUUUCCUCUUGUAGUAACACUGGAACAAUAAGAGAUGAUCCUUACUGGACCUCUAGGAAGAACAGUUUAGAACUGAUAGAGUUAUCCAGUUUAGUUUAGGUUUCCUCUUGUAGUAACACUGGAUCAAUAAGAGAUGAUCCUUACUGGACCUCUAGGAAGAACAGUUUAGAACUGAUAGAGUUAUCCAGUUUAGUUUAGGUUUCUUCUUGUAGUAACACUGGAUCAAUAAGAGAUGAUCCUUACUGGACCUCUAGAGAGAACAGUUUAGAACUGAUAGAGUUAUCCAGUUUAGUUUAGGUUUCCUCCUGUAGUAACACUGGAACAAUGCGAGAUUGUCCUUACUGGACCUCCAGAGAGAACAGUUUAGAACUGAUAGAGUUAUCCAGUUUAGUUUAGGUUUCCUCCUGUAGUAACACUGGAUCAAUGCGAGAUUGUCCUUACUGGACCUCCAGAGAGAACAGUUUAGAACUGAUAGAGUUAUCCAGUUUAGUUUAGGUUUCCUCCUGUAGUAACACUGGAACAAUGCGAGAUUGUCCUUACUGGACCUCCAGAGAGAACAGUUUAGAACUGAUAGAGUUAUCCAGUAUGAAUAAAGUUAGUUUAGUUUAGGUUUCCUCCUGUAGUAACACUGGAUCAAUGCGAGAUUGUCCUUACUGGACCUCCAGAGAGAACAGUUUAGAACUGAUAGAGUUAUCCAGUUUAGUUUAGGUUUCCUCCUGUAGUAAAACUGGAUCAAUAAGAGAUGAACCUUACUGAUCCUCUAGGGAGAAAAGUUUAGAACUGAUGGAUCUAUCCAGUAUAAAAAAAGUUAGUUUAGUUUAGGUUUUUUCCUGUAGUAACACUGGAUCAAUAAGAGAUGAUCCUUACUGAUCCUCUAGGGGGGAAAGUUUAGAACUGAUGGAUCUAUCCAGUAUAAAAAAAGUUAGUUUAGUGUAGGUAUUUUCCUGUAGUAACACUGGAUCAAUAAGAGAUGAACCUUACUGAUCCUCUAGGGAGAAAAGUUUAGAACUGAUGGAUCUAUCCAGUAUAAAAAAAGUUAGUUUAGUUUAGGUUUCCUCCUGCAUGUAGUAAAACUGGAUCAAUAAGAGAUGAACCUUACUGAUCCUCUAGGGAGAAAAGUUUAGAACUGAUGGAUCUAUCCAGUAUAAAAAAAGUUAGUUUAGUUUAGGUUUUUUCCUGUAGUAACACUGGAUCAAUAAGAGAUGAUCCUUACUGAUCCUCUAGGGGGGAAAGUUUAGAACUGAUGGAUCUAUCCAGUAUAAAAAAAGUUAGUUUAGUGUAGGUUUUUUCCUGUAGUAACACUGGAUCAAUAAGAGAAGAUUCUUACUGGACCUUUGGGGAGAACAGUUUAAAACUGAUAGAGCUAUCCAGUAUAAAUAAAGUUAGGUAAGUUUAGGUUUCCUCCUGUAGUAACACUGGAUCAACAACAGAUGAUCCUUACUGAACCUCUAGUGAGAACAGUUUAGAACUGAUAGAGCUACCCAGUAUAAAUAAAAUUAGUUUAGUUUAGGUUUCCUCCUGUAGUAACAUUGGAUCAAUAAGAGAUGAUUCUUACUGGACCUCUAGGAAGAACAGUUUAGAACUGAUAGAGCUAUCCAGUAUAAAUAAAAUUGGUUUAGUAACACCUCGUGUAGUAACACUGGAUCAACAAGGGAUGAUCUUUAGUGUACCUCUAGGGAGAACAGUUUAGGAUUGAAAGAGCUAUCCAGGAAAAUCAAUUGUCGCCUAAUUCAUUUUUAUCCUGGUGCGUUUCAGGACAAUCACGAAUCCUGUGUAUAAUGCUGAAUUCGACUUAGAAUGUUACGAAGAAAAGG